CGUCGGAGACCGCCCUCCUCCCUCCCUCAACAGUCGAAGACCCUCCCCUCCCUCCUUCGCGAGCUUCCUCCUCCGACGCUGCAGCCGUGGAUCAUGGAGUCAUCUUCAAGCAAUCAUCAUGGAUUGUUGUGCCAUUGUGGAAGGAGGGCUAUACUCUCCCGAUCUGGAACUAAGGCGAACCCUGGUCGAUUGUUUUUGGGAUGCGCUAAUUGGAAAGUGAGUAAUUGUGGAUUCUUCAAAUGGGUACCUAAUGAAGAGGAGUUUGAAGGCCCAAAGGAAGAGCUUGUUCAGACGAAUCAGUCGAGCGUGACGCCGCAAUUUUCAAGAGCUUUGUCAAGUGGAGAAGUGCGAGAAAAGAGAAAGAUUGAGAUUGAUAUUAUGGAUUUGUUGAAGGUUGUUAUUUGUGCUCUUUUAUUUGGUAUUUUUCUUGGAUUUGUAUUUGGUAUUUCUAUUGGAUUUGUGCUAAGUAGGGUGUAAGAAUGUAUAUUGGAUUUGUUGAAGUGUAUGUUGAUGAGAUCUUCAGGUGUUCUGGAAUUUGUGCUAAGUAUUGGAUUUGUGCUAA